UUAGCAAUUUCCUGCCCCAAGGUACGGAAACUUACUCUUUGCGUGCAGAAUUUUAAUAUUCUCAGGAAUGUGGUACAUAACAUAUUUGACCCGAUUAGGGUGAAAAUUCUAACGAACUCGCGGACGAUUUAUGGCGCACAGAUGAAACAAACAAAUGGGGUACAAAAUUUAGAGAUUCUUAUAAUUACCAAAUACCAAAGGUAAAUUAUGAGCUUAUGAUCUAGUGAGGCGAUAAGCAGAUGGUAGAAAAUCAGUUCAACACGUACGUAUGCAGUUAUACAGUUCAACUUACGAGUAAACUGGACUCGUCUGGAUAUUGCUGUAUCAAUUCCACAAUCAAUGACAUCAUCAACACAAAAUUAAAGCAGACACGCGCAACAGAAUGGCUGAAGAUGCCGGCUCGGCAAAGAAGACAACAGCAAAGAACAAUCUGAAAAUGAAAACAGAGCCAACAAAAAGAAACGAGCAAAUCAUUGAAACAAUCAUCGGUGUGGGCUAAGCAAAUGAUGUCAAUAAAUCAGAAUACCAUUUGAUCUGUUACAACACAAUGGAUUCCGGGUUCUUGAUUGGCCCAACUACAAGAUAAUGGGAAAACCAAGAGACCUUGAGUUCCUUAUCUCAUGCCUCCCCAUCGAUAACAUGCCGCUGAUAGCCCCCAGAAAUGUGUCAUACAAAUAAUUUAUUGUACUAUUUGCUUGUAAGAUUCUCGGUGAACUUUGUGAACAGUCCAGUCUGUACAGACAACAUCACAUAUCACUUCAAAGUGGUGAUCCCCACACAGACGAUCAUCGAGAACUACAAGCGGAACGGGGAGUGGAGCAGCCUGCAGCAGGAGCACUACCUGAACAUAUUCGAUGGUACAGGCGGGAGUGAUAAGACUCUGACCCAAAGCUUUGCCAGUAUUAUGAACGAGAUUGAUGAGGCGUUCCAACUUUCAUCCACAGAAUCAACCUUUCGCCUAGAGUUUACAUUCGAUUAUGAUAAUUCCACAAUGAUCGUCUACCAGGUCAGGGAAACGGGUCACAAUUUCAUAAGCAAAUACGAGACGCUCUUCUCGCUCUCCGAAAUCCAGGCGAUUCAGGUGUGGGGAGAUGUGCAAAAGGUCAAUCAGUUUGCACUCAGCUAUGAUUGAUACAGGGACAGAUCAGACCCUCAAGUCGAACGAAUCUUACCAAAAAUAUUCACGUAAACAUUGGGGCCUGCCUCAGCCCCAGCCUAGGCCCGCCUGCCAUCAUCUGCUUUAUAGCGCACCUGCACAAACUGAAGGCUCCAGUGUGCAAUACCAAAUGAAAUAUACAUAACAGUUUUUAUCCAUAAAUUAUAUAUUUUAUGUAUUUAUUUUCUCACACAUCCUUUCCUUCCUUUCCUUCCUUUCACCCAAAAAAGGCCUUUUUACAAUCAUUUGUUUACAGCUUUUACGAGUACAUAGAUCGAUAAAUAUUUACAAAGCCUUACAAUACUGUAUAUCGUAAGAUCGGGAGUUACAUACAGUCGAGGGGGUGUUUACGAUAUAGGGGGUUCAUUAGAAUAAAUUUGGUGGAAUAUCGAGAGCACAGUUCACUGGAAAGUAAAGUAAUUAUAAUAAAAGCAAUACGUUAAAA